AUGUCUCAGCAACCACCGUACGCCGGGCCUCGACAGCAGCCUGCGGUCUCAAACGGCGGCCGAGAGGGCUCCUUUGGCAGACACGACGCCAAACAGUCCGCGUCAGCAGAAAGCAUUCAAUCCCUCGCAGCGCGUUUCGAAGAUGAGAAGAGGCGUAUCAUUGAGAGCUGCUUCCACAAACGGGACCCUGAUGGGAUGCAACUGGAAUCCUACAUCACCCAUGUGCGAGUCACCGAGGAUGCCUCCUAUCCGUCGUCGCCGCCUCCUCCAGAGUCCCCUCCGUCCAACAAGAAACCUAGGGUCAUUCUUGUCGCAGUUCGAAGGUCGGGCAAGGUUCGAGUCCACAAAGCCCGCGAAAACCCGAAUGGUACAUACUCGAUCGGCAAGACAUGGAACCUGGAUGAGUUGAAUGCGAUCACCUCAUACUCGUCUAUGGUGCCUGCGACGCCGCAACAACAUGUGGAGAAACAAUGGGCGUCUAAUACUGGCUUCAUAGUCACGCUGGGGAAGCCAUAUUUCUGGUCGGCAGACACGGCCAAAGAGAAAGAUUUCUUUAUUGCCAGUCUCGUCAAAAUAUAUCGGAAAUACACAGGCGGCAGGAUACCUGACCUCAUAGGCUUCGGACCGCAAGAGCUUGCCCACCUCACGGGCACACAGUCGUCUCAAGGCACUCCGAUUCAAAAUGCCGCUUUAUCCCCAACAAUACCGCCCGAGCGACCGCACCAUCUUCCUCCUCCACCGGCCGUCCCAGCGUUGAGUGCGCACCGAUCGCAGUCUCCUUAUACUGGCCAGAAGCCACCCAGCCGGGACGGCAACCGCGUCAAUCCGCACGAAAGAGAACGCGCUAUCCGGAAUCAGGGUUCUUACCCGGCUAAUACAGAUGGCCCAUCUUUCCGGGGCGAAAACCGUCCACUGGGUAGGCCGGACAGGGAGCACCAUGUACCUGAUGCGCCGCGUGCUCAGCCGUAUGGCAGUCAUUUCCGGCGAGAUGACGGUCGAGUGCCAUCCCUGUCUGACAGUAUACAACCACCUACUUCGCGACCCUCUAUCAGCCCCAAAGCUUCGCAGUCAUCACUUCAUCGCACCGAGGUAUCUCUUGAACCCCCCCCUCUUCGGCCCAACGGUCAUGGAGUCACGAAGUCUCCAAGUCCUGACUAUCCAGGACAAAGGCUAUUACCAGCACCCAGCCAAGCCCCAGUCGACAACGCGGCUGGAGGCGACGCUAUCAACAACAGAAGACCUGGUACCGCCGCUAGUGACCGUAGGCCAUCGGAACCUGUGCCUAGCAUUCCAGCGCAUGAUCACGAACCGUUGCUGGAACGUAAAAUGUCGAUUCCUCCGGUUCCAGAAACCAAAUCCGAUGAACCGGGGCCUCCAAGUCACGACAACAGCGCUUUCGUUACUCCUCUUGGGACACCUAGUGGACUCCAAGAGAAAGAAGAGCAACCCAAGCAGGAUGCUGAUUACUUUACCAAUGAAAAGCCACAGCAGGACGAGGCAACUAAGGGGACCGCAAUUGGCGAGUUGGCCGCAUCAGAAUCCACACAUCAGAAGAUAACAAGCGAACCGAUAACAGCAGAACCUAUGGAGGCACCACCUCUGCCAAAAGUCGAAGAAGAGCAUCGCCCGGGUCUCGGCCCCAUGAUCAAGAAAAAGUCGGAAAAGGAUAUCGCCAGUCGGUUCCGUAGAGCUGCGCUUGCCGCAACGGCCUUCCAACCACGUCAAGGUGGCGCCGCUGCUCGAUUGAAAGCGAUGCAGGAGAGGCAGUCAAACGAACCCGAUGGCAUUACCAGCGUGGUUCCAGCCCCAUUGUCAAGAGGCAUGAGCUCCGACAGCGCAAGGAGCGGCACCCCUGACAUCGCCAUCCCAGGGAAUGAGAAAAUCCAACCCACCUCCAAACCCGUGCAAAAUGAGUCCAUUCCGAAAGUGCAAAUCGAGAGGACUGCGACCUUGGAAACCGUAGCGCGGUCUGAGACGCCUGCAGCUGUACCUGCAGUUGUGCCUGCAAUUGUGCCUGCACCGAUUGAGGCAGAUGUGGCUAAGCAGCAACCAAGAGCAGAUUCUCCUGACAAAGCACGGUCUCGUUCACCUCAGAGAAGGCGUCGGCAGCAGCUGGAAGCGGAUGUUGAGAAAUAUUGUGCGACCUUGGGAAUCGAUCCAAGAAUCCUGGAUGGUCGUGGAGCCGAAUUCAAUGAGCUUCUUACCGAGUUUGGGUGGGAGGGAAGACUUCUCAGUCAGCAAAAGGUGGAAGACUUCGAGACGAACAUUCGUAGGGAAAUCGGGCGUGCUCAAGCAAGUGGCUGGCUGGGCCAUCUUGAACAACAAGAAAAUAAAGUACAAGAGCUCGCAACAGCCUUUGACAAAGCCAUUGCGGAAUGUGAAGAGCUGGAUGGCCUGCUGACGCUCUACGCCCAUGAGUUGGAUACGCUGCAUGACGACAUUGAAUACAUUGAAGCCCAAGGACAAGGGUUACAGGUGCAGACAGCAAAUCAGAAGUUGCUGCAAUCCGAACUGCAGACUCUGUUGAAGACGUUGACAAUAUCGUCUGGAGACUUGCGAGCUCUCCAUGCUGCACCGGUUGACAGCCUGGAUGGUGUGCAGGCAAUCGAAAGAUCUCUAUCGCUGCUCUAUGGGGCCAUGCUGACUAUCGACCCUGAACUACGUCAAAACAAACUCCGUCAAGCCGCCGCAUCAUCAACGGAGGGAACAGGAGUGCCUAUCUAUGCAGACACUAAUCUUGUCCAAAUGCGGGCAGUGCAACAGAAAAAGGAAGAGUACAGACAAGCGAGCAUGAUGUUCAUCAGCCGGUUCAACCAACACAUGAAAGCCAUGUUUCAGAUGGCGGAGCAACGCACCAGUGAAGAGAACGCAGCUAGUAUAUCGUCGGGAACGACCAUCACGCUCAAUCUCAGGGCGCUCUCCGCUUCACGACAAGAUCUUUGGAUUUACAAUGCCAUGAUGCUUUUCGUGCGGGAAGUUAACCAAUAUGAAUGGCAGACGCUGAUCAGCAGUUACGAGAUCAACGUCAAGCCUAUCUAUCAAGAGCAGUUCCGCGACUUCACCAUGAGUCUGAGAAGAAACGUCAGAAAGCCGACCGGGGAUGAACAGGAGAUUCUGUUUACACAUCAAGAGAAGGAAAAGGCGGAAGAGUCGCUGACUUCGACUGCCCGCAAGCUCACAGUAAGGCGCGGCAAAACGGUCAAGACAAGCGCCCUGAGACAGUCAAUGGGUGAUAAGCGCGAGGGCAAGCCGGAGGCGUGGGUGGUCUUCGAUACAGUCCUCGAGCAGCAAGCCACCGCCAUCUCGGAGGAGCAAAACUUCAUCGUGCACUUCUUCCAUCUGGAGUCACAGUCCAACGCGGAUUUUGCGGAGAUGGUACAGUCGCAUCCCCCAGAACAACGUAAGGUGCCUGAUUUGCAGGCCAAGCAAUCAUACGAUCCGGACCGAAACAUGGCCAAGGUUGUCCAGAAUACUACCGAGGGAAUCUAUGGCUUUUGGGUUACAGACCUUCAAUCGCUGGUUGAUUGGGUGCUCCGGAUGGACCAGUUACAAGGCGUCGGCAUCCUCGUCUCUCUCGAGCAGUGUCUGGCGAAGUUCGAGGAGACCAACCAGGAGUUCAUCACCCGCACGGUAAGGCUUCUUCAUGACCGAGUCAUUGGUCUCUUCCACAAGUUUGUCGAAGAGCAGGUCAAAGCCAUCGAAGAGACCAAGGUCAAGGUGAAGAAGAGAAAAGGAUUGAUCUCGUUCAUGAGAGUAUUUCCCGAGUUCGCUUCGGCUGUCGAGGAGAUGAUACCUCAAGAAUUCUCGCACCAAGAGUCGCUCGAGGUACGAUUUAUCGUUAAUGACGCGUACACCAAGCUUCUCAAGGCUAUGUGGGAAUCGUUGAGUUUCAUCGCCAAAGAUAACCCUGCGAGCUCGGGCGCCGCUGUGCAUUCGACCGCUGCCGCCCCGACAAGCGGAGACCCGGAGGAUAAAGAAGCCUUGAACUAUCACAUCAUGCUGAUCGAAAACAUGAACUUCUUUGCGGAAGAGGUCAAGACUCACCACAACGUUGUUUUAGAAGAGUGGACCGAGCGGGCAUCUCGCGACCAGUUGACGCAUCUGGCGCAAUAUACCGACGCGGUGAUACGGCGGCCCUUGGGCAAAUGGCUUGAUUUCCUCGAGAGCACCGAAGCCCUGAUGAAGUUGAACUCGACCGACUCGUAUGCGAGCAUUGCCAACAAGCCCAGCCAUUCGCGAAGUUCGGCCAAGAAGGUCCUCGCAGCGCACGACACGAGGGAAAUCAGAAAGGGCAUCGACACGCUGAAGAAGCGCAUCGAGAAGCACUUCACCGAUGCGGAUGACCCGACCAAUUCGAGCAAUAGGGCUUUGAUCGGCCGGGUCUUUGACGAGUGCGCCACGCGUUACGCCCAUGCGUAUGAUCGCAUGAAAUUGGUGAUUGAUCGGGUCUAUGAUUCCAAUUUGGAGAUCGAUUGGCGCAAGGACGAGACAGCUGCUAUGUUUAGGAGGUGA